CAGAGCCAGAGUGGGCUUCUGCGAAUGGGUCACUUCUGGGGCGUCUUUCUUCCCACGAAGGCCCUGCCCCUUCCCACGCCCCUGAAGGUGCCCGCCGACGGCGUCCUGCAGUCUAGCCUUGCUCAGCGCCGCCUCCCGCGCGUGCUAAAGCGAAGGAGUUCAGAACAGAAUGGAAAAAAAUUUGCAGAGCAAGGUCUGGAUGCUUCUAGCAAGGGCUUUGGCCAUUGCUCCUGCCGCCGCCGUGUAUCUUCUUCCAGUACCACGAAGAGUGAGAAAAAGACCAGGUGCACCACUGGAUGCCUGCGGACUGCGGAAGGGGCAGCCAGCACCGGUCAGAAGACAGAGGCUUGCACCCACGUCAAGGGACCCGCAGCCGAAAACUUUCUAGUGAUGAGGGAUUUGUGAAGACUGCACGAAGGCUGCCAAGCUGCCCAGGAUUAAAAAAAAACAAAACAAAACCUGGUUUAAAAUCUUCUCUGAGACCGGAGAGCAUAACGGCCCCAUCGCCACCACAGUGCCCGUUAGGAUAAGACUCAGGAACAGUCCAAAGGAGGAGAUGCAUAGACAAGAUGUGGGGGGAGCAUCUUGAAGACAGUUGCAUUGGGUCAGAUGUUGUCCUUGUGUAUAUGCGGGACGGCCAUUACCAGCCAGUACCUGGCAGAAAGAUACAGAGUGAACACGCCCAUGCUUCAAAGCUUUAUCAACUAUUGCCUGCUGCUGCUUUUUUAUACGGUGAUGCUGGCAUUCCGGUCAGGUAGUGAUAACCUUCUGCACAUCUUGAAGAGAAAAUGGUGGAAGUACGUCCUGCUUGGACUAGCGGACGUGGAAGCCAAUUACCUGAUUGUCAGAGCGUACCAGUAUACGACUCUAACCAGUGUCCAGCUUUUGGACUGCUUUGGGAUUCCUGUGUUGAUGGCGCUCUCGUGGUUUGUUCUCUAUGCAAGAUACAGAGUGAUCCACUUGAUUGCCGUAGCUGUCUGUCUGCUGGGCGUGGGGACGAUGGUCGGUGCCGACAUACUGGCAGGGAGAGAAGACAAUUCAGGUAGUGACGUGCUGAUUGGUGACAUCUUGGUCCUUCUUGGAGCUUCUCUCUAUGCUGUUUCUAACGUGUGUGAAGAGUAUAUCGUGAAGAAGCUGAGCAGGCAGGAGUUUUUAGGAAUGGUGGGCCUAUUCGGAACCAUUAUCAGCGGCAUACAGCUAUCGAUCGUUGAAUGUAAGGAUAUUGCCAGCAUUCAGUGGGACUGGAAAAUCGCCCUGCUGUUUGUGGCGUUUGCCCUCUGUAUGUUUUGCCUGUACAGCUUUAUGCCGCUGGUGAUUCAGGUCACUAGUGCCACUUCUGUGAACUUGGGCAUCCUGACAGCCGACCUCUACAGUCUUUUCUUUGGACUCUUUCUGUUUGGCUAUAAGUUUUCGGGGCUCUACCUCCUGUCCUUCACCGUCAUCAUGGUGGGGUUUGUCCUCUACUGCUCCACCCCCACGCGCACAGCCGAGCCGGCAGAGAGCAGCGUGCCGCCCAUCACCAGCAUCGGAAUCGACAACCUAGGACUGAAGCUCGAGGAGAACCUGCAGGAGACCCCCUCGGCCGCCUUGUAGCUGGACAAGAAGGGGUGCACACGCCUGAGGCUUCCUGGGAAGCCGGGAGCCGUCGCCGGGGGCAAGCAGAGCCCGCUGAGCACCGAGGGGACACUUGGAAAAUUGGUAGGUGGGGAGUGAGCCCCGUAGCAUUGGACUGGAUCCGGUGGUUAAAUUUUACAAAGGAAUACAAAAUAAUGUAUCAGAAGUAGAAACAUGAAAAUAGAACAGAAGACAGGGUGGCUGGGAUCGUGUCUCUGUUAGCGUCAGGGAGACAAGCUGUGCCCCCGUACUGGGGUCUCGGAGGCACAGGUGGGAGAGCACUGGGGGGAGACAACCAGGCACGAUCCAGCCUCGGGACAGGGCCUGAAAGUGGGCUGUCCAGCUGGGCUGGGCAGUCAGAAGUUGGGGGAGUCGGUGUGGUUUGGGGUAGGCUUCCACAGUUAGAGGCUUCUGGGUUUUGUCUCGCUUGAGACACUCGUUGUCCACAAGCCUUGUGGCCUUCAUACCACAGUGAGGUCUGGUGAUUGCAUAUGGCGGCAUGGGUCGGUAGCCCUUGAGAAAUCCCGAGAUACAAGUGUGAGUAUCGUAGAUGUAGGAAAGAAGGGUCCAUACAGUAGACUGAGGAACCCUGUCUCCGUUGUUCAAAGAGGGUGCCACACUACUUCUCACCAAGUGUUUGUAACGUGCCAUGAGACAUCAACUACCACUAUGCCACUUUACAAAAACUGUGUAUGUAAACUUUUUUCUAAUGUAAUAAAGAAAUUGAGGGUAAAUGUUCAUGUUAUUAAAAGAUUUUGAUUUCAUGGAAAUA